AUGGAAAACCUCGAAAACCUGACUAGCUCGAUCUUGGAAGCUAUCCAUAACCCCCAGUCAACAGACUCGAUUCUCGAGUGUUUUGAGCACGACGACACCGCUUCUGCCGCCGUUGCCAAGCUUGUUGUCCUUCUUCGGGAUGAUCCAGCUGCAGCUCUGGGUCUGGCUGAUGCUAGGCUACGCGUGUUUCCGUUUAAAGAUGUAAAGGAGUGUUGGCGCCGCCUGUACACGGAUGCAAGCCUCGUCUUGGCUGUACGUCUGAUUCGGGAAAAUACGACCAAACAGGAUUUGGAAGCUGUGCGCAAAGAGCAACCCAAAAACCAAACCCGUGGCAACGGGCAAGAUAGAGACGCUCUUCAUGCGCCCUGGCUGGAUUCAGCAGUUCGCUACCUGGACAUGGCAAUCAUUAUGGCUGGAGCUCCUCUGCGCGAAGACAUGAUUGAUACAUUAUUCUCUGCUCUGAAAAAAUGGACACAGGCUCAAAAGGAGGCUUCUUCAUGUGAGACCAAACCUCAAGGCCUAGAGUUUGAAGAAACCCGUCCACCAAAGCGCCGAAAGCUGUCUGCUGCGCUAUUCCCACCGGACUCGGCGCCUGUGCCUCGGGAACUGGCGCAUCCUAUCCCUCGUGUCUCGGCCCCGUCGUUUGACGCGAUGGAGAAUCACAUCCAGGACGCGCGCACGCCACUCGUAAUUACUGACGCGGUGGAUUAUUGGCCUGCUAUCUCCGAGAGACCCUGGUCGUCGAGGAACUACUGGUUUGAGCAGACGCUAGAUGGACGACGACUUGUGCCGGUUGAGGUCGGGCGCUCUUAUACCGAUGAAGGCUGGGGUCAGCGAAUCAUGCCCUUUGGCGAGUUUGUGAAUGGCUUUAUCUGGAGAUCAAAGGAAGAAAACGGGGCAGGUACGAGGAAUGGCAAUGAUGAAAAUCGUGGCGGGAGAGACGAGGGGUGUGAUCAAGCUCAGACUGGUUACAUGGCGCAGCAUAAUUUGUUGGCCCAGAUUCCUGCAUUAAGAAACGACAUCACCGUACCAGACUUUUGCUACAUUGACCCUCCUGGCCCAGAGCCUGGGACACCGGUUUACGAAAAGAGAAAACAAAAACGCGAUGCUUCCAAAACCGACACAGGGAAUCCAGCGAGAGAUGGCAGGGGCGUUCAAGAUUCGGGCAGCAAGCUCAAAAAUCUCUCGACAAAGGGGAACCAUCAACAUCUAGAUAGAGACGCAGACAUUGGUAUCCCCUCCGACCCAAUAAUCAACACUUGGAUUGGCCCAUCCUGGACAAUAUCGCCGCUGCACCACGACCCUUACCAUAAUAUUCUCGUUCAAGUCGUAGGAUCCAAAUACAUCCGAUUAUACUCGCCGCACACGCCAGCAUCACAGAUACACCCCCGAGGAAUGGAAACCGUCGACUCUGAUAGCCAGCACAACGACAUCGAAAGCGAGAAAGGCACAAAGCAGAACCAUCAACCCAAAGAAACGAAACAAGAUCAGCUGAUUGACAUGUCCAACACGUCCAAAGUCGACCUCGCGGCCAUCGAGCUUUCGCCGGCCGAGUCGGAGGUUUGGGAUUCCAUGUGGCCUGGAUUUUCAGAGGCUGGAUACGUCGAGACGGUGUUGAAGGAGGGCGAAUGUCUUUAUAUACCCGUGGGCUGGUGGCAUUAUGUGCGCGGACUCAAGGCAGGAAUCAGUGUUAGCUUUUGGUGGGGGUAG